UUGGCUGAGGGCAACAGUAACGUUUGAAAGAGACAGGAGCUGCAGAUCAUCCUCUCUGAGUGACUGUGUGUGUGUCUGUAGUGACACAAUAGACCCACAGAGAAAUGGAGAUCAUCCACACUGUGCAGGUCCUGGUCAGGUCGCUGCUGCUGCUGCUGCUCUGCUCGAACUGUGACGGCAGCGAGUCGGAGUUAAACUACGUGACGUGCGGCUCCCUGGUCAAACUGCUGAACACCAGACACAACGUCCGCCUGCACUCACACGACGUCAAGUAUGGCUCAGGCAGUGGACAGCAGUCUGUAACUGGCGUGGACAACGCAGACGAUGCCAACAGUUAUUGGCAGAUUCGUGGGAAGCCAAACCUUCCAUGUCAGCGCGGGGUGGCCGUCAGGUGUGGUGAGUCCAUCCGCAUCACCCACAUGAAGACCGGUCGAAACCUCCACACCCACCACUUCAGCUCACCCCUGUCUAAUAACCAGGAGGUCAGUGCCUUUGGAGAAAAUGGCGAAGGUGACAACCUGGAUUUGUGGACAGUGCAGUGCGAUGCCGUCCACUGGGAGCGUGACGAGUCUGUGCGCUUCAAACACGUGGGCACCGAUGUCUUCCUGAGCGUGACAGGCGAGCAGUUUGGCCAUCCCAUCCGCGGCCAGCGGGAGGUGCAUGGCAUGAGCUCCUCAAACCAGCACAACUGGUGGCGCGCAAUGGAGGGGGUGUUCAUUAUGCCCAGCCAGGAGCUAAUACGCCACGAUGAGCUCUGACCUCAUCAUGGCAUGGACAUGUGUGUGGGUGUGUGUGCACAGUCUGUGGAUUCCUGUGGCUGUGGUGGUUUUAUAGUUCACCUGGAUCAAAUGCUGUUAUGUGUGAAUGAUAUUUGAAUGACUCGUCUCUGUACACGUGAAGCACUCAGGGUGUUCUGAGGCAAAGUGCAGGAGAGGUGUUGUUUCCCCCAAAAAUUCGAAGAUCACUGAUAUUGUGUAGUGCAGCUGCAUGGUUUAUUUAUUCUUCAGUUUUCUCCUCAGAGGAAUUCAUAGUAGAGAAAAUCAAGGCUGGGUAACUGGACAUAGCGACUAUUGAAACUGAAAUGGUGAGAGGCUCUGUGUCAUAUAAAACUUGCAUAUGAAUAUAUACUGUGUGUAUAUAUAUAUUUAUAUAUCAAAGGCUACCUUGAUGUCGAAUUUCUCACUGAAGUCCAGUUAAUUGGUCAGAGCUUGUCUCAAAACAAGCUUGUCCCCUAUCAGGAAAAGGAUUAGCUGUUAGCGUAAAGUCUAGGAAACGUGGUUUAUUGCAUCCAAAAAGUAAGGUAUGACAGUGUCACAAUCACACACAAACACAUACACUUUUGAAUGUUUUUUUUUUUAAGUAGAAGAUCUGUCUAUACCCUGCCUCUGAUUGGUUUAUCUUGAUAUUGUUACUCUUAGCCUAAUAAAUCACUCCUCAAUCCUAAACCUAACCUUUACGAACAAAUGAAGGCAGCGACUCCGAGCCAAUUUGAGGCAAAGUAGGGGUAGUCUCUUCCUGCCAUGGAUAAGAAAGAAGAUAAGUUUGCUCGGUACAUAUGAAUGAUUCACUUUGGGGCAAAAUACAUAUAUGUUUCUCAGUUAUAAAACGCAUCACGUUUGCUACUCCACAGUUUUCAGGCCUCUAUAAUAACCAUGUUCAAGGGUAAAGCAUUACAAGUGUUGCUAAACUUGACUGUCAGUAAUAGUUCCAAAUCCUUGUUGAUCCAACAAAAGAACUCCAGGGUCUUUUCACCAUUAAUGUUACUCAUUCAAAACAUUUUCUGUAACUAAGAAACCAAUCUGCCUAGCAGACAAUCUGCCUCACCAGCAUGCACGUGCUAAGUGUACAUGAAUGGUCUUAUGUGUUUUCAGUUGUUGGUAUGGCAGGAGAAUGUUUAUAAUAUGAAGCUAAAUCACUGGACGUUGUUUAGGUUUGAAAACAUCAUUGUUUAAAAAAAUUAAGCAUUUUUGUCAAUACAAAGAUUGAUAGUUAUAGGUGAUCAUACACUGAUAAAAACAUCCCUAAGAAUUGUAAAUUCCAUUUCUGCCAAUAAAUCCCAUUAAAUCCUACACACUGGUUCUUUAA